GGGGAAGAGAGUGCAGGGCGUGUGUGUUGUGUAUGUUGGCGUGAUGGUUGAGCUUGAAGUGUUGAAAGCGGGGUAGCGACGCGUCAUGGAAACGGAACUUGGUGAGCAGAGUGUUCAGAGGCAAAUGGCUGUGCCAGGAGGACCAUGGCUGUGUGUGUGUGUGUGUUGCGGUUGGUGUGUUUAUUCAGACACUGCUGAUGAGCCGGGAUGCUUCCAGUGGGCACCAGUCAAGGCCAUUGGCAAUCCGCCUCGACAGGUAGGGAACAAAAGCAAAGACAGACGAGAAGAGCACGGUUGUUCAGCCGUGUUGACGCUCACGCUGACUGCUUCCUUGUUCCUCGCGCCCACUGUCUGUCUGUCUGUGCCGUCUGAUCGGUUAGCGCUCGCUGCACGUGGCGGUGGUGGUUGACAAGUGCAUGUACGUGUUCGGCGGCUAUGACGGCAGCAACCGCGUCAACGACUUCCUUAAAUACAACUUCAGUACGGACGGCCAGACGACACUACAUUCACUCAUGAGCCCGACCCAUCAUGGUAACUGAUUGGUUCGGCGAUUGCUUCAGAAACGACCAAGUGGAGUCAGAUUCAGUCGGGCGCCGAGCGAGGUCCGUCUGCGCGCGACCGGCACGUGGCUGUCGCACACGACAAGUGCAUAUACAUCUUUGGGGGCUAUGACGGCAGCAACCGGAUCAACGACUUCUGGUGCUUCGACACCGGUAGGUAUGCCUUAGUGCUCGUGGCCCAUCUACUGUGUGUGUGUGUCUGUGUGGCUGUAAUGUGUGCAGAGAACGAGACGUGGACGCCGAUAGAGAGUCAGGGCACCACUCCGUCGCCGCGCCACUCGCACAGCGCUGUGGAGUACAACCACAGCAUGUACGUGUUCGCGGGAUACGACGGCAACUACAGGAGCGACUUCCACGAAUUCAACUUUGGUAACCAAACAAACACAAGCAACUCACACCAACCGACGGAAGGAAGGGCCUUCUGCGUCAUGUUUUUCUUCUUCCUUUCGGUGCACUCACUGCAGCCCAGAGGAAGUGGGCGCCGGUGCAGGUCAAGAACCAAAACCAGGCGCCCAAGGUGCGGUGCGCAUUGACAGUGCAAACGUCACAUCAUUGUUGAGGGAGCGAACGAAUGGCGUACGGAUGUUGACUUGGUGUGGUGUGCUUCUUUCUUGUGUCCACCAGGCGCGAUACCGGACGUCUGCUGUAGUGUGGAAGGACACGAUGCUGGUGUUCGGGGGGCACGACGGGGCCAAACACCUUAAUGACUUCUACGAGUACAACUUCGGUAGGCAUCGCAUUAUAUGCACACAGGCGAAGACAAACGUCCAGAGGCCAUCCAUCCAGCGGUCGCUGUCUGUGUCCCAUCCUCUCAGAGGAGCGCAUUUGGACUCAGAUUGAGCAAGGAGGUAACAAAGACACACACACACACACGACGUCUGCGGGUUUGGAUGGAUGUAACGGCUGUGUGUGACUCUCUGUGUGUACGUCUUGUCUUGUAUGUGCAGGCAAGAUGGGUCCCCCGUCCCCCCGCGACUCGCACAUCGCAGUCAUCCACGGCGACUCGAUGCACCUCUUCGGCGGCUCCACCGGACAGGCCAGAAACGACCUUUUCGAGUUCAGACUAGGUACCCACCGACGGACGGACAGCUGGGGGCAUCUUAUGUGUGUGACGAGGAGGGGGAGGUACGUGUGUGUGUGUGUGUGUGUGUGUUGUGCAGACACUCGUGAGUGGCACGAGGUGAAGCCCGCCCUGCCCAACACGUCGCUGUCGCCUGUCCAGGGCCGCACCGCCGCGUCCACACAGGAGGCCAUCCAGAAGGCCACACCAUGCCCCAGGUGAGUAGCGAGGCAGGCAGGCCAUUCUCACAGGGACGGCUGGAUGUUCAGCCUCUGUGUGUGUGUGUGUGUUGUGUGUUGACAGGUUUUGCCACACGGGUGUGGUUUACAACAACAGUCUGUACAUAUUUGGGGGCUACGACGGGCAAAACAGACUCAACGACUUCAGACAAUUCAAACUCGUCGACGGUAUGCGAUGCGCGCAGCGCAUGGCAGCAAAGGAAGGCACAUCCUGGACUGGACGGAUGGAUGGAUUGGUGGAUGUGGGUGCCUGCAGAGGUGAAUGUUGAGAUUCCGAGCAGUUCUCUGAUCCAGGAUCUGAAGAACUACAUCAACUCGCCCCUCUUCAGCGACGUCACAUUCAUCGUCGAGGGAGACAAGAGGGUCUACGCCCACAAGCUCAUGUGUGUCAGGUACACAACCACACACACACACGCGCGCGCGCACAGAUGCAUCCAUGAAUCGUGGCGCCUACUCUGUGUGUGUGUGACUGCAGGUGUAGCUACUUCCGCGCCAUGUUCCAGGGGGAGAUGAGGGAGGCCAGGCAAAGCGAACCGGUCGGUCGGCCUGCCUGUCAGACACACACACACACACACACACAUUCACAGCGCUCAAUAUCUGCCCUUAUGUGCGUGUAGGUCGAGAUCAAGAAUGUGUCCCACCGUGUGUUUCUGGGCCUGCUCGAGUACCUCUACACCGACGAACUCGACAUAUCCCUCGACGUAACGGCUGCACGCCACAAACAAACCGACAACGAGGAAGCCACCUGCAUGGAUCUGUGUGUGGGUGGUGUCUCAUCUAUCCAGAUGGCCAUGGAUCUCUUCGUUGCGGCGGAUCAGUUUGGGGUGGAGAGGUCGGCAAAGUAGCGAGCGACCGAGCGACACAAUUUACUUUUGUGUGUGUGUAUAUGUGUGUGUACUAUGUCAGGUUGAAGAAGCUGUGUGAGCGCAAGAUCCUCACGUCCAUCGACAUCGACAACGCAGCCACCAUACUGCAGGUAAGGAUGCGAUCUCCGCCCCCACAUUCAUACCAUCCACGCCACUGCUCCAUCGCUCACUCUGUGCGUGUGUGUGUGUGUGUGUGCCAAUACUCAGGCUGCGGAUCUGCACACGGCCGUGAGUUUGCGCCAGAGCUGCUUCGACUUCAUACUCAGAAACUUCGACGCCGUAUCAAAGGUGACCGACAUGCACGACACAACUAACAUGACACAUUGCGCCACACAUCAUUGCAUUGUAUGCGCCUCGCCUGCGUGUGCUGUGUUCACUGUGUUCACUGUGCAGACUCAGAGUUUCGAGGAGAUGGGUCGCGCCAACGUGGAGCUCGUGUUCGAGAUACUCAAGAGGAGAUGAUCAUCUCCUACACAUACAUACAUAACUGACAUGCGCGACGCACACAACACGGACAUCGUACCAGAUCCACACAUACAUACGGUCGUUUUGAUCGAUCCAUCUGCUUUCCCCCUGUGUGUGGAUGGGACGAGGCGA